CCCGAAUGGAGUGAAGCUGACACCGUUCAGCUCUGCAAGUCCUGGCUGGAGACAUCAGGAGAUCCUGUCGUCGGUACAGGCCAAAAGAAGACGUCAUUCCUUAGUCGACUUUAUGAACACUGGUUGGAAAACAAGAGCGAUGAACGUAGUGAGGAUCGCUCGGCAACUGCAGUCGGAGGGCGCUGGAAAAAAAUGCAGCCAGAGGUGACCAAGUUUUGCGGCGUGUAUGCCAGGGUGAAGAGUCGGGAGCGUUCUGGUUGGAAUGACGAGAUAUAUCUCGAUGCUGCACUUAAAAUCUACACAGAGAGACACAAACAGCCGUUUGAGUUUCUUACUGCAUGGAAUGAGCUGAAAGACAAGCCCAAAUGGACCUUCAAGAUUACAAGUGAUAGCAGUGCCAGAGCCAAGCGUAAGGUCGGUAGUGAUGGCGAUGUAGCCAGACCAGAAGGUCGCAAAGCAGCGAAAGCAGCGCAUCAAGAGAACAGGAGCUCAAAAGGCGCAGGAGAUGAAGCUCAUCUUCGCUUUGCUGCAGCGACUGAGCGAAAGAUUGUUGUGAUGGAACAACAAUUGUACUUGGCCAUUUUCAAGCAAAACCCGGAGAGCGACGAGUCAAAAGAGUUCUUCUCCAUGCAGCGCAAAUCUAUUCUCGAGAAGAUAAAGAAAACGAAUGUAGCAGCGACGCAACAACACCCACAUUUGGAUCACGGACAACUCGUUUCUGUUGAAGCUACGGCAACGCUAGGUACGGUAGCUACAAAUGCUAACAAAGAAAACGACUCCACCACCCGUAACAGCAGCAACAGCGACAUUCAUAGUGUCACCUCUGCUGAAUUGUAGCUCUGCUCGAACGACCAAAUCAAUUCAGUAGUCAAAAGCUGCCAUGCAUAACUUACCUAGUUGCGUUCACCAAAUUGACGCCAUACGUGCUCAAUCAAAUCAUUGUUUAGCUCA